CACAUGAUUUGACUCAUACAUCGUCUUUCGACCACAGGCAAAAGAAAAGAGGAAAGAGCUCUCAAAUGCUGUGCCAACUCAAGGACUCAGUAGAACAAUGGAAUAUCGUUCUGAGAUAGAAAAUUUGGAUGAAGAUGGUUAUACUCGUUUAGACUUCAGCUCUCAAGCCGCCCCUGGGAGACCUGUGGUCUCAGAGAAAGGAACUUGUGCUACAUCUCCUUGUUGGCGUCCCGUUGCUGUGACCUUGGGGAUCCUUUGCUUGGUGAUACUGGUGAUAGCUGUGGUCCUGGGUACCAUGGCUAUUUGGAGAUCCAAUUCAGGAAGCAACCCAUUGAAGAAUGACAACUUUCCAUCAAGAAAUAAAGAGAACUACAGUCAGCCCACACAAUCAUCUUUAGAAGACAAUGUGGCUCCUACCAAGGCUCUCACAACCACAGUUUUUUCCACCUCUUGUCCUCCUAACUGGGUCACACAUGAGAACAACUGUUAUCUAUUUAGGACGUCAUUAGCUUCCUGGAAUAGGAGUAAAAAUCAAUGCUCUCAACUGCACUCUAAUCUCCUCAAGAUAGACAGUGAAAAAGAACUGGAAUUUAUAGUGAGGCAAGUGUCCUCUCAACCCGAUAAUGCAUUUUGGAUAGGGCUUUCUCGCCCUCAAACUGAAGGACCAUGGCUCUGGGAGGAUAGUUCAAUAUUCUCUUAUACCCUGUUUCAAAUCAGGAGCACAGAAACUCAGGAAAACUCACCUCACAAUUGUGUAUGGAUUCACCUAUCAAUAAUUUAUGACCAACUUUGUAGUUUGCCUUCAUACAGUAUUUGUGAGAAGAAGUUAUCAGUAAAAUGAUGAGGGUGUUGACGUGGAAAAGCAGAGAGAAGUAUGUAACAUAGUAAGAAGGGCAAAAAACAAAAAAGGAAAGAGAGCUAUCUGAGGUGAGAAUAAAUAUUAAAAAUAUCAAGAGAGCUUAGCCAACUUUCAUCUUAGCUGAGAAACAGUGUGGAGAGGCUGUGAUUCUGUACUUAACUGUUUUGGCAGGCCAGCCCUAGGUUCUAGUUAAUGGAGUCCUAGAUGUGGAGUCAGGGAAGCUGAAAUUAUAUCUUCAUUCUACCAUUGACUUAGUAUUAACCUUGGUGUUUCAAAAACUUAUUUAUUUCUGGGCUGAUCAGAAUUAUUUUUUGCCCUUCAAAAGUGCCCCUGGAGUACAUGUAGUAUGUUUUCAUCCACUUCUAGCAGUUUAUCAGACACAGGUGGAAGGCAAGUUGUAUUUCUGAAUAGCCGAAUGAAGAAAUGAAAAAAAUCUUCACUACAAUCAUAGCCAUUUUAUUAUUUUGUUCAUCAAUAUGGUAAUGGUUAUGAAAAAAAGCAUCAUGAGGGGUGCCUAGGUGGAUCAGUCAUUUAAGUGACGACUUCA